AUGUCCUCCGCAGACACGCUCCGCAUCCUCCUCGCAACCGACACGCACGUCGGCUACCACGAGCGCGACGCCAUCCGCGGCGACGACAGCUGGCAGACCUUCGCCGAGAUCAUGGCGGUCGCAAAGUCGCGCGACGUCGACAUGGUGCUGCUGAGCGGCGACCUCUUCCACGAGAACAAGCCGUCGCGCAAGGCGAUGUACCAGGUCAUGAAGAGCCUGCGCGAGAACUGCUACGGCGAGAAGCCCUGCGAGAUCGAGAUUCUCAGCGACACGAGCUCGGAGUUCCAGAGCGCUGGUGGGCAUGUGAAUUAUGAGGAUCCGGAUAUUAAUGUGGCGAUACCCGUGUUUUCGAUUCAUGGGAAUCAUGAUGAUCCGAGUGGGGAGGGACGGUUGUGUGCGCUGGAUAUUCUCUCCGUGGCCGGGCUGAUGAACUACUUUGGCCGCACGCCCGAGAACGACAACAUCACCGUCACGCCCGUGCUGCUGCAGAAGGGCGCCACAAAGCUCGCGCUCUACGGCCUCUCAAACGUCCGUGACGAACGCCUCUUCCGCACCUUCCGCGACGGCAAAGUAAAGUUCCUCCGCCCGGACGUGCAGCAGAAGGAGUGGUUCAACCUGAUGUGUGUUCAUCAGAACCACCACGGCCACACAGAAACCAACUACCUCCCCGAAAACUUCCUGCAAGACUUCCUGGACCUCGUCAUCUGGGGCCACGAGCACGAAUGCCUCAUCAACCCGCGCCUCAACCCCGAGAUGAACUUCCACGUGAUCCAGCCCGGCUCCUCCAUCGCCACCUCGCUGUGCCCCGGCGAAGCCGUCACAAAGCACAUCGGCAUCCUCUCCAUCACGGGCCGCGACUUCCACCUCGAGCCCAUCCGCCUCAAGACCGUGCGGCCCUUCGUCAUGCGCGAGCUCGUCCUCGCCGACGAACCCGCGCUCAAGAACCUCGCGAAGAAAAACUCAAACCGCACGGCCGUAACCGCGUACCUGUGCGAUCUCGUCGAGACGCUCAUCGACUCGGCUGUGCAGGAGUGGCUCGACGCGCAGGAGGACGACACCCUCACCGCGGCCGACGCGCCGCUCCCGCUCGUGCGCCUCCGCGUGGAGUACUCUGCGCCGGACGGCGGGCGCUUCGAGACCGAGAACCCGCAGCGCUUCUCGAACCGCUUUGUCGGCAAGGUGGCGAACGUCAGCGACGUGGUCCAGUUCUACCGGCGCAAGACGGCCACGCGCCGCGCAAACGCGAAGGGCGCGGUGUCGGACGCGCCGCUCAACAGCUCCACGCUCCUCGAGGACUACGGCGGCAGCAUCGAUAACGUCAAGGUCGAGAACCUGGUCUCGGAGUUCCUGGGCUCGGCCACGCUCGAGAUCCUGCCCAGCAAUGGCCUCGGCGACGCCAUUGGCCAGUUCAUCGAUAAGGACGAUAAGCACGCCGUCGAGACGUUCGUCGACGACUCGCUCAAGAGCUAUCUGGUGAAGCUGCGCGAGUACGACGACCUCAACGAGGAGAAGAUCCAGGAGGUUGUUGACGCACAGCGCAGCUACCUCGAGGAGGUGUUUGCAAAGGGGCUUGUGAAGCCGAGGCGGCGGCAGGGGACGUUCAAGGAGAUGCCGCUCGGGUGGGAUGCGGGUCUUGAUGGGCCGUGGGAGGAUCAGCCGGCGGCGAGGAUACAGCAGAAGGAGGUGAGCGACGAUGAGGACGUCGAUGACGAUGAUGAUGUGCCAGCGCCGCAGCCACAGAAGAGGGGUGCGGCGAGGGGGAGGGGCGCGAGGGGGCGCGGCGCUGCCGCGGCGAGUACGAGGAAGGCACCGGCUGCAAAGGCACCCGCGAGGGCGACGGCCGCGAAGGGGAGGAGCCGCGCGAAGAAGGUGGUUAGUGAGGAAGAAGAAGAUGAUGAUGACGAUGUCAUGAUCCUCGACGACGACGACGACGAGGAAGAAGAAGCUCCCCCCGCAAAACCUACCCGCGCCCCCCGUAAAGCCCCCGCCCCAAAGAAGGCCCCCGCGCCCAGGAAAGCUGCCACACCAGCGCCAGCACGAGCGCCAGCACCGAGAGUAACGACACGUCGCCCCGCCGCCGCGCGGCAGACACGGCUCAACUUCUCGCAGUCGGCGUCGACACCGGCGUCGGGGGUUGCGGCGUCGACGCAGGAUAGUAUGGCGAGUAAUGCGCUGUUCCAUCGCGCGGUUGUGCGCAUCCCGAGUAGCGAUGAGGAUAUUGAGGAUGAUGAGGAUGCGGAUGAGUUUGUGCCGAUGGCGUCGCAGAGGGGGGGCAGGAGGCGGUAG